AUGGCCCUUCGAGUCUCCGCUGCGAUACAGAUGGGCCUGGAUGACACCAAACCACAGCCACGGCCGGGUAUCGCAGAGCCCUCUGAAGAGGCUAGACUGCUUGGGCUGAAGACUUGGCUUGGAUGCUUUUGGGUCAGCACCUCCCUCAGUAGCGAGUUUGCACUUGCACCGCCGAUGGCAUCCGUGGCCCAUCUCGAGCCUCUUGUACUACAACGGGUACAAUCAAGCCUUCCACCAGAUUUCGUAGCUCAUCUAGAGAUUGAGAGAUAUUCAAUACGUGCGUCAGCCGUUCUAACCCAAGCCUCGACCGGCCACAUGCGCAGGUCGCUCGUAGACGUCCUCGAGCGGGAUCUCGAGUCCGUUGCACACCACUUGCCCGUGCCGCCUUCAGCGCACGUGCAGAUCGACAUUCUGGCAGCUAAACUCCGCCUCUGCGCAUUCCAGCUCAUCUGCGGUGAAGAAGCUGCUAUUAUACCCACCGGUCCCGACAACUCCCUGACCCGCGCCGCCUGGUAUCGCGGCUUCGAAGCUGCUACAAAUUUAGCCACGCUAUUCACUACAUCCACACAGCAAAUCCAGUCAAAUUCAAACAUAUGUCCAGCAUCAACUGUCAUCUCGGUUUUCUACCCCAAGCACUACUUCCGCGUCAACGUCAUGGCCGCCAUGUACCUCCUCAAGCUGCAAGCCGUCGACCGCGCCAUGGCGCCCGCCGACAAGGCCCUCGCGCGCGACAACGUGCGCCAGAUAUCGCAGAGCUUCUGGCAGCGUUCUACAGCAGAGAUGGACGAGUCUGCUCGCGCGGCGCGCAUGAUCGAGGAGCUGGGCCGAUACGUCGAGGACCAGCGUGUCAUGUGCCAGCUGCACAGUUCGAAGCCGGGCGCCGGCAACCUGGCGCCCGUCGACGUUGUCGUGGAUGGGAUGAAUACUGUAGGGGAGAUCAGGAGAAUGAACACGCCGGGCUCCAACAAUAGUCACCCGACGCCGCCGCAGCGGUAUGUGGCGGGUCCAACCACGUUGUCUGUGCCCGGCAGUGCAGAUGAGCCGGCCGAGAUGCAGGUUCAAGAGCACGAGGGCGAGGUGUGGCAGCAGUACCCAUGGGAUGACUUUUCUUCGUCGUGGAAUGCAUGGCCUAUGGACGUAGAUGAGAUUCUUCAGAUGCUCGGGACAGACAUGGGUGAUCUGCCGAUGGUCCCCGGCCUAUAA